CACCAGAACCAACACCACCAACAACAACAACAACAACCGCAACAGCACAACAGAAAGAAAACAGCACCUUCCCAAAAUUUUAUCUUCUGCUUUAUCAUUAUUAUUAUUAUUAGUAUUUAUUACUUUUUAUUAUUAUUAUUUUUUCAGCUUCUCAUCUCGAUCCAUUUUUUUUUCUUUUCUUUCUUUCUCACUCUAAAACAAAUUUUCUCUUCCUUUCUCUCACAUCAGAGAAAAAACACACAUCCAAGAAGAAACAUAGAAGUUCCACGCACGCCUCUCAUUCCCCAUCAAAAACAAAGAAGAGUCCACACCACCAAACUCACUCUCUCUCUCUCUCUCUCUCUCAUCAAUGGCCCAGCUGGACCAAAAUUUAUGUAAGAAGAAAAACAAAAAAGAAAGAAAGAAAGAAAGAAUGGGAAAGAGGAGAUAGAUGUCUUCAAAUGUCCUCCAACCAAACCCACCUCACGAACCCUCUUUCACUCACUCUCUCUCUCAUAAAAACAUCAUGCCAGAAAUGCCCUUCUGCAACCCCCCAAAAAAUCCCAUCUUCAUCACUGUCUCUCAAAAGAACAUUAUUUUUCACCGAGCUAUGUGGGCUUUUUUGGGUUUUUGUUGGCUUGGUCAGAGUUUCACAGAGAAAACAGGAAAGCAAGAACCUUCUCCCCCCUGCCCUUCUCUCUCUCUCUCUCUCUCUCUCUCUCUCUUUCUCUUUCUUUCUUCUUUCUUUCUCUCUUUGUCCCUAUCAUUUCUCUCUAUACCCUCUUUUAUUAUUUUCUUGCCCGCCUCUCUCUCCUUUUUGUUUCCUGUUUUUCCUUGUGUCUCUUUCUCCCUCUCUGUAAUUUUUGGUUUUCCUGUUGUGGGUUUUUCUGUUUCUCUUUCAUACGAUGAAGAAGAUGAAAGGGGUUGUUGCUAUGGAGCCUUCUCUUGUGUUCGAGGACACGAGAAACAGGUUCAAGCUUCAAAGUCUUAUGCAAGACUAUGAAGAGUUGGAGAAGGAAACAGAGGUCAUGAAGCAAAAAAUGACGUUAAUGAAUCAGAAGAAGUUGACCCUUUUGGCUGAAGUCAGGUUUUUGAAGCGGAGAUACAAAUACUUGAUUGACAAUCAAUCUAUGAAGCCCCGCCAGCCAAAUAAAGAUAUCACACAAUUACAAAAUUAUGAAAUCCGAAGUGUUAACACUACAAAGGCUAAGAAUUACAUUAAAAAGGGAGCUCCACGUUACCCUGUACCAGUGUUAGAGUUAAACCAAAGGGAAAGAAAUAGAAUGGAAGCCACCUUGGAAAAGUCUGUCCCAAUAUUGGACUUGCACCACAAGAUGAGGACUUUCGGUGGAAUGGAAACCGCUUUGCAGAGUUCGAAACCAGUUUUCGAUUUGAAUCAGCAGGAGAGAUUUCACAGUGGGAAGGAAGUUACUAAGAGAAAAAAUAUUCCAGCUUUUGACUUGAACCAGAUUUCGAGAGAGGAGGAAGAAUUGCAGGCUAACUGUGAGCCGUUGGGAAGGGAGGAUUCAAUGAAAAGCUUACUUCGAGGUGGUAAUGACGAGCAGCACAAUGAUAUGAAGUUACUGCUUUGUAGGAACAUCGGUAAUGGCCCCAGUCGAGCUGGGAAAAGGAAGAUCACUUGGCAAGAUCAAGUGGCUUUAAGGGUUUGAUUUGUCUUCCAAAAUUACCAUUCUAGACGUUAUAUUUUGGCAGGUUUAGAAACUUUGCCUUGCCUACAUGUUAUUGUUAACUGCCAUAUCUUUUCUUUUCUAGCUUUCUUUUGGUCCUAUCUGUUUCUUACCUUUGUAAAGUGAAAAUGGUUAUAUGAUAGUGAAUAUAUAUAUAGAUGGAAGUGGUGGAAUUGAUGCUCA